AUGUUCUUCUUUCUCGAAUUAAUCGAACGUCUUAAGAACACUAUAAGAGCAGGAUGGGCACUUCGUGGCGUCCCCGGUCCAGAGAGUGUGGGUGACCAUAUGUGGCGAAUGGCGAUCAUGUGCCUAAUGACACCAGGGAUCGACGAUGAUGUUCGUAAGAGAGCUGUCUACAUGGCCUUGGUUCAUGACAUGGGGGAGGCAUUGAUAGGCGAUAUCACCCCAUCAGAUGGAGUCAGCAAAGAGCAAAAGUUCGAGCGAGAAGAAAUGGCCUUGAAAUUUCUUGCGUGUACCAUUCGCCCUUGGAAUUCGAGUUUUGCGGAUUUGGUUCUGGUCUUGUGGUACGAAUACGAAAAGGGGGAAUCACAAGCGGCAGAAUUAGUCCGAAAUGUCGAUAAGCUAGAGUGUAUUCACCAAGCGGUUGUGUACGAGAGACGAAACGGUACAGACUUGGGUGAAUUCAUGGGACUCAAAGAGAAGGUCACCCUGCCAGUGUGGCAGCCUUUGCUAGAUGACUGUAUAUCCAAGCAUGAAGAACUUACAGGGACUGGGAACAGCUUUUUUGUCAUCUUCGUCUCAGGGGGCCCUGGCGUUGGUAAAGGAACACAAUGCUCUUUUCUUGCAAAGGAGUUUGGACUGCAUCACAUUUCUGUCGGCGACCUCUUGCGGGUCGAGGCUGCACGCCCAGAAUCGCCGUAUCGCGAUUUCAUACCUGAGAGCAUUCAAAAGUCUAUACUACUCCCCGCCCAGCUCACAUCUCAGCUCUUGCAGGAAGCCAUGGGUCAAGCACGCUCACAAGGGAAGCAUGCGUUUCUGCUUGACGGCUUUCCACGAAGCAUUGCACAGGUGGUUGAUUUCGAGGAUAAGAUCUCCAAGGACUAUGCUACCAUUUCUUUGACGUGUACUGAAGAAGAGCUACUGAGUCGUCUACGCAACCGCUCGGCAUCCUCAGAGCGUAUAGACGACAAUCCAGACUCGAUCACGAAGAGACUUCGUACAUUCAACGAGAACAAUGCCAAGGUUCUUGAGUAUCUGAGAGGCCGCGGGCGAUUCUUCGAUAUUGAGUGCUCUGGCUCAGUGAACAUGGUCUACACCGCUGUACGCGAGGCUAUCCAACAAGUUCUUAGCACACCCAGAAAUACCUCAGAGGCCAGGCCUAGUAACUAA